AUGACCAUGUUCUUUUCCAACCGUGUCGCUUCAAAUGACAAGGCAAUGAAUAAUACCAAGACCACGACCCGUGGAACGUCAUCAUCAUCAUCAUCAUGUUCACGGUCGGCUUCAACCUUGUUCCUUAUGGUUGCUGGAAACGGAGAUCGCAGCAGCAAUAAUAAGGGUACUACUACUACAAGUAGUAGUAGUCGUUCUUCCAUUCGACACAUUACUCGCUUCUUUCAACACAAGCGUCCUUCUUCUGCAGAUACACCCUGCUUAUCGGCAUCCACAUCAGUGUCCUCUGUUCAAUCCAGUGUCACCUUGCCAAAGCGAUCCACCGAUGUGCGCUCCUCAAAAUCGAUUGAGCUUGAGUCUCUUAUUAUGGAUCAGCCUUCACGCACUGUACGCGUCAGUAUCACACCCGAUUGUGCUGCAUGA